GAUAAUACAGUACACACGGCGUUAUUAAUAUUCUGCGUUUUCCGCAUCCGGCUUUGAAUGAGAUCGCGAAUUUACAGUGUUUACGCGAUUUGUUGUGCAUUUCGAUAAAGUCAUCUAAAGUAAAUAAUAUAGAUACGGGCGGUAACGUGCAUAGGAUUGCUUCGGAAGACAACUCUCACCUGUAAUCAGCGGUGAGUUCAUCCGAUUUUUGCGUCAGGAUUCUCUAUUAUUCCUAGAGAUAGAACCUUUGAGAUUGCGUGUCCUUGGAAUUGGACGUAGUACAUGCAACAUGGAGAUGCCUGUGUUCAACGAUAAAGUCGCGCAACAGUUGAAAACAUUCGCACGGCAGUGUAUGAAUGAUGCAUCUCUUCUGCAUGAUCCAAAAGUAUCCUGUAUUAAGGAGUUAAUAGAACAUUAUGGUGGUAAAGUACCAGAAACUGAAGCCAAUUGCUCAUCAGAUACUAAAACAGAUUUUGAAAGUAAACAUACGGAACCGCAGUCUGCAUCAGAAUCUGAAAGUGAGGAGAGUGAGGAGAGCGACUUAGAGCUGGACAUGACUAGUGUAAUUGAACCAGAUCAAGACACUCCUCAAAAAAUGGGAAACUCAACUUUGCAGCCCACGGAGGAGGAAAUUGCAGAGUCACAGGCGAAAAGAUCCGAAGCAGUGUCGGCAUUCGUGGAGAAAGAUUACGAAAAAGCCAUACAGUUUUACACAGAGGCCAUCGUAUUGAAUCCUCAAGCGGCUUUGCUGUAUGCUAAACGCAGUCAAGUUUUCCUAAUAUUGAACAAGCCGAACGCCUGCAUUCGCGACUGCAAUCGUGCUAUAGAAUUAAAUCCGGACAGCGCGGCGGCUCACAAAUUCAGAGGAAGAGCCUACUAUCUGCUCGGAAAAUUUGAGGAAGCGGCUAACGAUCUGAGAUUGGCUUGUAAAUUGGAUUUCGACGAGCAAGCGGAUGAAUGGUUACGUGAAACCACUCCGAAUGCCCGAAAAAUAGAAGAACAUAAGAGGAAGAAGGAACGAAAGGUGCAAGAAAAAUUAGAGCAUGAGAGACAAGAGAAAUUGCGAAAAGCGCGAGAGGCUGCUAAAGCUCGAGAGAAACAGUCACAAACUUCCCAAACGGAUGCGGGUAAUAUGCCUCACGGUGCGGGAGAUUUCUAUCAAUUCCUUAAGGAUCCUGAUGUACUUCAAGCCUUCGAGGAUCCGGAAGUAGCAGAGGCCUUCAAGGAGAUAUCCGCAAAUCCGACAAACGUUCUCAAAUACCAAAAUAAUCCCAAAAUAAUGGCUCUUAUCAAUAAGAUGGCUUCGAAAUUCGGAGGUCCUGGCGGCAUGCCGGGCGCUGCUGGAAUGAAUUUCCCGGGCGGUAUGCCUGGUUUUCCCGGUGCCGGAGCAGGUCGUUUUAAUCCUUCAAAACCAUCUCCUCAUGAUGACGUUGGUCUCGAUUAAUCGCAAUCGAAUCACUUUGCAACGAAUACGGAGACUUCUGAUUUGUUGGCUCAUUAAAGGCUGAUAUAUGUUAAUUCUUCUCACGUUGAGAUGAGUUUCUAAAAAAAAAGCUCAUAUUGAAAAGAACUGAUAAGGAAUCCUUUAAAUAUAAGAUUAAUUGUUUUUUGUAUGCAUCAGCAAGAUUUUAAAGAUCUUACAUUCAAUUCUUGGCAUUUUCUUGAUUGUUUUUUUUUCUUUAAUUUAAUUUUAGAUUACUUACUUCACUAAAAUUUCGUGAAAUAAUUUUUUUUCUACUUUUUCUAAAUCAUUUAUCAAAAAAUCAUUAAUUAAACAUUUUUGUAAGUAAAUUGUCUUCAGAAUGAAAAAUACGCGUCUUUAAUGAGUUAAAAAACGCUAGCGUUGGUUUAUCUUUUGCUUUACAUAAAUUGUGUACAGGAUGUUAUAAAAAUUCAGCAUUUAUAUAAUGGUUUGUACAUGUCAUACUGAAUGAAACCUUAAUAAACACAAGUCAAAAUUUUAAUCGUUUCUGAGGUAAAUAUGGUUGGAUAUGAUGUGGAUAGUAACUGCUUAUAAUGUAUUUAUCAAACAAGAGUAGUAUUUACUUAUGGUAUCAGAUAUCUUUUUCACGCUAAUCUUGAAAUUUUCUUUUAUCGCCCUUAAAAUGCGAUUCUUUAUAUUGAGUAUCGAUACAAAUAAAGUAUGUAUGGAAAUUGAAUUUGUACAUUCAGAACACGAUUUGUAAACACUGAAAUAAAUCAUGUUGCAUGCAACAUGUAGAAACUAGAGAAUUAGAGUCUGGCUAUAAGAGAAUUUUGUUAAAAUCUUGCAAAAGAGAAGAAUAUGUUUACUAGUUUUUUCUUAUUCUCUUUCUCUUUUAUCUUUUUAUCUUCUUGUAUAUUCAUUUUGAAAAUGAGCAAAUCAAUCAAAAUUGGCUAUCUCGUGGUUAGUCUAAUUCGAUAAUCUAGUAAACCAGUGCUGUCAGAUUAUAAAUAUUUUGAAUUAUAACAUACAAUAAAUAUAACAAAAAAUUAAUGUAUUAUAAAUCAACAAUAUUCGAAAAAUAGAUUAGGGUAGUCAUGUCUCAUUCUCAAAGUAUGAGGCAUGACUACCGCUGGAUCGCGGACAAUUCUUUAUUGAUAGUAGAAAAUUUUGGAAUGAACUACAUUAUCAAACUCCUUGUAUAUGAAAAUGAUCCACAUCGGUGUUAACAUGUGAAAUAUCAUCAAUAGAAAUAUAGGAAGCUCAUUCUUUAUAACUUUACACUCAUCAUCUAUUUAUGUGAGGAAUACAUUUAUAAAAUUAUAUUUAACUUUUUAUUCCAAAAAAUUCUCCGUGAUAAAAUACAAAUUUGUAAAAAAUUCCCUAAUUAACACUUAAUAUAUAUCAAUGCGUUAGUCAUGAUACCAACAUAUAAAACUGUUAUAUUUUUAAAGCGAUUGACACGUCGAGCUAUGUUUACUAAGAUUUUUUUAUUCAGUAUGAUCUAGAUCUAGUAUAUAACUGCUAAAUAUUUUUUAACACCCUGUACAAUAUAUAUAUAUAUAUAUAUAUAUAUAAUACAUAUGUAUCUACAUAUUGUACAGGGUGUUUGGCAAGUUUGGGUGUAGGAGAAAAUUUAAGAAGUGAUUUCGAAUGAUGGAAUAGGACAAAAAUCAUGAAUAACGAAACCAAGGCUUCAUUUUUUUUAAUUAUAAAUAUUUAAGUGCUUUAAAAACUUUAAAAUAUUUAAACAUUCAUGUAAAAAAGGAAUAUAAAAUAAAAAAUGAACACUUUAAUAAAGGCUUUGGUUUUUAAUUAUACCAUCUAAAUAUGCAUGUGCUUUAGACAUUUUUAAAUAUUUAAACAUUUAUAAAUAAAAAAUGAAGUCUUAAUUACAAUUACUUUUAAUUUUGGUCUUAUUAAAAUCACUUCUUCAAUUUUCCGAACACUCUGCGUAUAGGUGUGUGUAUAAAAGGUAGAAUGGAUCGAACUGUUCUAUAUCACUUUGUGAUUUUCGCAAUAGUUAACGAGUUAUAAAUUAAUAAAGAUAGCCGAAUUAGUCCGGCCCUCCGCCAAAUCCUAACGCGCGAUUGAGGUUGCUAAACGCGUGAAAAGUUAAUGUUUACUAGCAGCAAUGGUUACGCAAGAACGGUGUAACGUGGGCCUUUGCUCUGAGUCAUGAAUAUCCUCCGUUGUUCUUAUCAAAACGAAAUCUUUUAACAGCCUGGACAAAUGUACUUUUGUGCAUAUAUGUAAGCGCGUAAUAUUAUUUAAUUUUAAGUAAUAUUCUAGUUAAUAUAAUAUUUUUGAAAUAUUAAUGCAAGUAUGUACUUUUUUCAAAAUAAAAUAAAGUUUAUGUACAAAAUAAAGUAUGUAAAAUUUGAUAUCAAGACAAUAAACAAAAGAUUUUAAAUGUGCUAUUUAUUAUUAAUAAUUUUAAAAAAAGUGUAUUCAGAUCUCGAAACUAUAUGAAUAUUUUUAUAAUAUGCCACGAAUAUUAAAGUACUACCUCAAGAAUAUGACGUAAAAUAAACAUAUUACAUUAACAGAAUAUUUCCAACUCCUCGCGCGCCUGGCAACCUCGAUCACGCAUUCGAAUUUGGCGGAGGGCCGGACUAAUUCUUUAUUAACUUAUAACUCGUUAACUAUUGCGAAAAUUGCAAAGUGGUACAGGAUUUUCCGAUUCAGUUUAGUCUAUUCUAUCUAUAUGCAAGAGUUUUAUCAUUAAUUAUCAAACACCCUGUAUACACACAACAUGCAGUGAUAUAUCUUUGAAAGAACUUUUACUGUGAAUCAAUAUAGUUUGUUAUAUAUUACAGAGCGCUUUUUGUUUUCUAAAAAAAAUGAAUUUUAUUGUGUGUGUA